GAGGGUGUGGAUGACAUGACAAAGCUUGCUUACCUGCAUGAACCGGGUGUUCUGUACAAUUUGAAAUGCAGAUAUAAUAUGAAUGAAAUAUAUACCUAUACAGGUAACAUAUUGAUAGCUGUGAAUCCUUUUCAACGUCUACCCCAUCUUUACAACGAUAAUAUGAUGGAAAAGUACAAAGGAAUGGCGAUUGGAGAGCUGAGCCCACACCCUUAUGCUAUUGCUGACAAUGCUUACAGGCAAAUGAUAAAAGAGGAUAUAAGCCAAGCGAUCUUGGUUAGUGGAGAGAGCGGAGCUGGUAAAACUGAAAGCACCAAGAGUUUAAUGACAUAUCUUGCUUACAUGGGAGGCAGUGUAGGGGUUGAGGGGGGGAAGCGCACUGUGGAGCAGCAAGUACUCGAGUCAAGUCCUGUUCUUGAAGCUUUCGGUAAUGCAAAGACAGUGAGAAAUAACAAUUCAAGUCGCUUCGGCAAAUUUGUGGAGAUUCAGUUUAAUAAUAGGGGUAGAAUAUCCGGAGCUGCGAUCAGAACUUAUUUGCUGGAAAGAUCACGAGUUUGCCAACUUUCAGAUCCCGAAAGAAACUACCAUUGCUUCUAUAUGCUUUGUGCUGCGCCAGAAAAGGAUGCUGAAAAAUACAAACUGAAGAAUCCAAGGGAAUUCCAUUAUUUGAACCAGUCCAAUUGCUAUGAAUUGGAUGGUGUUGAUGAUUCCAAAGAGUAUCUUACUACAAGGAGGGCAAUGGAUAUAGUUGGAAUCAGUGAUGAGGAGCAGGACGGAAUUUUUCGAGUUGUGGCUGCAAUUCUUCAUUUGGGCAACAUUGAGUUCGAGAAGGAAAGUGAUGGUGAUGGUUCUCAUCCCAAGGAUGAUCAAUCACGAUUCCAUCUUAAAACCGUUGCAGAGCUGUUGAUGUGUGACGAACAAUGUCUUGAAGACUCCUUGUGCAAACGUGUAAUGGUUACUCGUGAUGAGACCAUAACAAAAAGCCUUAAUGCGACCGACGCUGCAGUCAGUAGGGAUGCUUUGGCUAAAAUUGUCUAUUCAAGAUUGUUCGACUGGUUAGUUGAUAAGAUCAACAAUUCUAUUGGACAAGAUUCUACUUCUAAACUCUUAAUCGGACUGCUGGAUAUUUAUGGCUUCGAGAGUUUCAAUACAAACAGUUUUGAGCAAUUUUGCAUAAACUUAACUAAUGAGAAACUGCAGCAACAUUUCAAUCAGCAUGUUUUCAAGAUGGAACAAGAAGAAUAUACAAAAGAAGAGAUUGACUGGAGUUACAUAGAAUUUGUAGAUAACCAAGAUAUUCUUGAUCUUAUUGAAAAGAAACCAGGUGGCAUCAUUGCUCUCCUUGAUGAGGCUUGUAUGUUUCCAAGAUCUACGCAUGAGACAUUUGCGGAGAAGCUGUACCAGACAUUCAAAGAUCACAAGCGUUUUAGCAAGCCAAAGCUGUCGCGUACUGGUUUCACCAUUUGCCAUUAUGCGGGUGAGGUUACGUACCAGACGGAACUUUUUCUGGAUAAAAACAAAGACUAUGUUAUUUUUGAGCAUCAGAAUCUCCUUAGUAAUUCAAGUUGCACCUUUGUCUCUAGCCUCUUCCCACCUUUACCCGAAGAAUCUUCUAAAUCAUCAAAAUUUUCAUCAAUUGGUUCUCGAUUCAAGCAACAACUGCAAUCUUUGCUUGAGACUCUUAGUGCAACCGAACCUCAUUAUGUUCGCUGUAUAAAACCUAAUAACUAUCUGAAGCCUUCAAUCUUUGAGAAUAGUAAUGUUCUGCAGCAACUCCGUUGUGGGGGUGUUAUGGAGGCAAUCAGGAUCAGUUGUGCUGGAUAUCCCACUCGAAAGACUUUUCAAGAAUUUAUAAACCGUUUCAAAAUUCUUGAUCCUAGUGCAUCAAAUGGAAGUUGCGACGAAGUCACUGGUUGUAAAAAGCUUUUGCAGAAAGCCGCUCUUGAAGGUUAUCAGAUUGGCAAAACUAAAGUGUGUCUCAGAGCUGGUCAGAUGGCAGAACUAGAUUCUGUUCGUAACCAGGUCCUUGGGAUAUCAGCAAGUGUAGUCCAGACAAAAUUUCGUUCAUUCUUUGCGCAUAAAAAUUUCGUUAUAUUACGAAUGGCAGCCAUACAAAUCCAAGCUCUGUGCAGAGGGCAAGUUGCAAGGUGUAUUUAUGAGCGUAAGAGGAGAAAGAUUGCUGCUACAACGAUCCAGAAAGGUGGAAGGAUGUUUAUGUUUAGGAAGACUUUUGCAAUUUUAUCGUCUUCUGCAAUUGUUAUCCAAGCAGGAGUUAGAGGAAUAGCUGCUCGCAGUGAGCUUCUAUUUAGAAGGAGAAAUACAGCAGCUAUUCUUAUCCAGAAACACUCCAAAGGAUACUUGGCCAGCCAUCAUUUCUCGCGCUUGAAGGGGGCAUCGAUUUCAAUGCAAUGUGCUUAUAGAGUAAUUAAAGCUCGCAAAGAACUACGGCUACUUAGAACGGCUGCAAAGGAAACUGGUGCACUCCAAGAAGCCAAAGAAAAGCUAGAAAAGCAGCUUGAAGAGCUCACGUCAGAGUUGGAGUUGGAGAAGCGCCAGCGACAUGACAUCGAGGAAGCCAAAAAUCGUGAAAUUGCAAAAUUACAAUCUGCUUUGGCGGAAAUAAGAACGCAAGAUCCUGAAGCUCUAGAGAAGGUAUCCGCGCAUGUUCCUGCUGCAGUAUCCGAGCAAGUUUCUCCAGCAGUAUCCGAGCAAGGUCCUCCUGUAAAAGAUGGCUCAGUAAUUGAUAAUGAAGCAGUCCAGAAAUUAACUGCUGAAAAUGAAAAGCUGAAGGUAUUUCAGGUCUACUUUAAAUAUAUCUUGGAGAAAGAUACGUUCCAUAACUAAUGAUAGGCUUUGGUAAAUUCUGAAUCGGUGGUUCAGAUUUUAGCUAUGGAGGCAGAGACAGAUAUAGUUAAGCUGAAGACAGAUAUCCAGAGACUUGUAGAGAAAAUUUCUGAGAUGGAAACAGCAGAAAAGAAUCUCCGCCGACAGGCUUUAAUGAAUAAUCCUUCAGGAAAACUAUCUGGACAUUUACCUCCAACUACUCAUGAACUUUUAAGCGCAGCAUCCAGUAAAAGAUUUGGUACAGAAGCCGAUAGUGCACUGAGGAAAUCUAUCAUCGAAAGGCAACGUGAGUCCGUAGAUGCUCUUAUUAGGUGCAUCAAAAAAGACAUUGGUUUCAGUGAAGGAAAACCAGUUGCUGCACUUACAAUUUACAAAUGCCUGUUCCAUUGGAGAUCUUUUGAAGCUGAUAGAACUAAUGUUUUUGAUCUGCUUAUUCAGAUUAUUGGUUCAGCAAUAGAGGAUGAGGAAAACAACUGUCAUAUGGCUUACUGGCUUUGCAACACAUCUACACUACUGUUUUUACUCCAACGAACCCUUAAAUCUCCUUCUUCAUCUCAACCUCCUCAGCCCACCUCAUUUUUCGGAAGAAUGGCUCAAAGUUUCCGGGGGUCCCCAUCCUUCGCCAACAUUUCUAUAGGUGGGCUUGAUGGAAUAAAACUGAUUGAAGCCAAGUAUCCAGCUUCACUUUUCCAGGAGCAGCUGACUGCUUAUAUUGAGAAGAUUUACGGUAUUACUCGAGAUAAUGCAAAGAAGGAAUUGACCCCGGUUCUUUCUUCAUGUAUUGAGGCACUCAAAAAUUCCCCGAGUCAAUCUGCUGGCGAAAGUGCUACUAGGAACUGGCAAAGCGUCAUUGAUUGUUUAAACGGGCUUCUAAGUACACUGAAAGAUAAUUUUGUUCCACCAGUUCUUGUGCAGAAAAUCUUCGAGCAGCUUUUCGCUUAUAUAAACGUUCUGCUGUUCAAUAGCCUUCUUAGCCAUAAAGAGUGUUGCACGUUCAACAGUGGUGAAUAUGUAAAGACGGGGUUAACAGAAUUUGAACUUUGGUACGGGGACACCCACGAGUAUGCAGGCUCAUCACUGGAAGAACUAAAAUAUGUGCAGCAGGCUGUAAAACUUCUGAUCAUGCAACAGAAAGCGGAACUAACUUAUGAUGAUCUUACAACUGAACUUUGCCCUAUACUGAGCAGUCAGCAGCUUUAUAGAAUAUGUACUAUUUUUGGGGAUGAUAAUGAAUCAGAUAAUGUACCUCCAGAAGUACUUUCUAAGCUAAAGACACUUGCAGAGGAGGACUCUACCGAUCCUGAUAACAACUCGUACUUGUUGGAGGAUAAUUCCAGCAUCCCGUUGCCGGUUGAAGAACUCAGCAGUACCCGCCAAGAUUUAAAUUUUAAAGGCGUAAAACCACCCGAAGAACUUCUUGAAAAUCCAGCCUUUGAGUUCUUACAGGGUUAAGGCUGUGGUUAUAUUUAUCCACUUUGUUGAUACCAUGAUGUAUACAAACCUGCUUCUUCUUGUCUCAUCACAUCCCCAGCUAGAUAUUGGUGUAGAAUUUGUAGAAUUCAUAGGUAGAGAGUCAGAUAAAGGGGAAGUGAUGAGUUUUUUCCAGUUAGUUAAUUGUUUUUGGGUACCUUAAUUUAGGCUUA